AUGGAUGUACCAUCACGACCAUUACUCUCUCACGGAAUAUUGGGUAGAACAUCUGGUUUAUCACCAGAGAAAAUUACUGUAGAUGUUCAAAGGCAACAGUCGUUUACACUUGGUAUGAACAAGAACCAACGUAUUCCGUCUAGAGAUAAUACACAAGUCUCACAAUUUGCCAAGUUAUGGCAUGACAGAUUGCUGAGCAGAAAAACAAUGAUCCAUAAGGAAUUUCAGGUUGAAUGAACGUAUUAUCACAUCUAUAUACCAAGCUGAGAGCAGCUCUACUAUUCAUUUCUAUAGUUGCUAUGCGCCUAUGCUACUAUUCAUGAUUUUAUUGAUUUGUUUACUGUACAAAUUUCAUCGUUAAUAUUGUUGUGCGGAUACAUAUAUUAUAGACACUAUAGGUUUAAUAUAUAGUCACGUCAAAAUCAUUACUACAAUAAAAUCAUUAAAUCCAUUGAUUUACGAUCCAUUUAGCUAUUAUUGAUAAUGACUGCUCAUUAACUAAUGUACUGUUUUCUUAUUCAUUUCAUGCCUGUGUUUGUUUGUUUAGGCCAAAGCAACUUUUAAGAAAGCCAUUAAGAAGAUUGUAUCAGCUUUAAAAGUGAUAAAUGCCUUCUUAAGGUACAGAUGCUCAUUAUUUCAAAAUUUGCACCAAUGAAUCAAUGAUUGAAACAAAUAAGCGGAUACAUGGUUUACUUUUAUAUAGUAUACCUGAAAAAUGACUCGAUUCUGGUUGUCUAAGAGUAGUGCAAUUUUAUUGAAAUACAGUGCCAAGAAAAUAAAUUCUUUGUAAACAAGUUAUUGUGUCAUUCAAGUUGAGUAUGAGUGAGUGGGUGAGUGAGUGAGUGAGUGAGUGAGUGAGUGAGUGAGUGAGUGAGUGAGUGAGUGAGUGAGUAAAAUAUUUAUUUCGAAUUUGUACCAAUCGAGUCGUUGAAUUUGCGAGUCGUUGAAUUUGCUUCUGCAUAUACAUUUUCAUGUAUAUUAUUAUACCUACACCAAUACAAUAAUGUUUCCUUAUUUUCCUAAACAAUACUCAGUAGAAAGACUGAGCGGAUCCUAACCGUCCUAAAAUAGUUUGGUAUCACUAUCCGAAUAUAAUAUUGAAUAUUGAUGUAUUUAUAGCUUAAUAAGUGAAAGGUCUGUGAUUUUAGAUGGAUGCAGGUCGUUGUAUUAGUCAAAUCUGAGGUAAAACGUAAAUACAUGAUUCUUUUACAGUUGUUCAUCAAACAGCAGCUCGCAUAACCAACACGAUGCAUUUCGAUAUUUCAUGGACAUAUUGGACAUCAGUGGAAAUCAUGUGUCAGACGAAACAGUCUCUCGAAAUGAUGCAAAUUCUCCUACACCACUAUUUGAUCCGGCUUGGUUUAAAGCAAAUCGCGAGGUACUUGCAUGGCCACAAUGUCCAAAUCCACAGUGUAAAUUUUCUUUUUCCUAAGAUCGAUGCUUCAUUGUCGCCUUUCUUUCUUCUUUUACUUCUUUGAUGUCCCCGCCUUCUAUUGCGAUUUAUUUCCAGCUCCAUAUAAUAAAUCUUCUUCAUUCUUUUUUCGUCUUAGCCUUGCUUCCCUCUCCUUCACUUCAAUGUCUCACACAUUCCGAUCUCUUCAUUCCAUGCCUCUAACUAGCUUUCCUUCAUCUCGUCCUAUUACAUAUCCAUGCCAUCUCAUCUUGGCUUUCCUCUCCUUCGCUAAGUGUGGCAUCUUACAUAUUCUUUAAUUCUGAUCUCGGUGCUCUUUCAAACUCUCUGUCCUCAUUUCCUUCAGCGAUCCUACAUGCAUGUUUCUGGGCUUUUCGGGAUUUUACUGAAGAACAGCGAUGAUUCAUCGAUGUUAUCUGCAAUUUUUACAGAUCCGCCUCAGCAGCGAAACCAAAGCAAUUUUAAGUCAAUAUCCAAAUACAAGGACACCAGAACAAGUUCAAACGGUGAGAAUCAUUUUAUCUUAAGAAUUGAUUGUGAAAAUAUAACAAUAUUUUCUCACGUUCCGCAGUAUCUUGUUCUGUAAUAAAAUAGGGGACGACUGACCACAACUGGCACGCGCGUGCAUGAUUUCGACAUCUUGCUAAUGAAGGAUGGAAUUUUUUUACUAAUAUCAGUUAUAAGCCUAUUAUACAAUAUAUAUAGGUAUAGGUACGGCGUACAUGCAUGUAUAGCCAAAAUUGACCAGAAGUGUUGCCUCGUAAACUUUGUCACACAAAAUAAAAUCUACAAAAUUGUUUCACGAACAACAAGGCUAAGCAAAGACGUAAAAUGUUAUCUUUUCUUUUAAUUUAUCAGAACACAUGUUGACUGCAAUAGUCCAGCAAUUGAUAUUAUUAGGGCUGCCACUCACGGUGACUUGUGUCAACAUAAUUAAAUUAUGAUAUUUGCUGUGUUGGUGUAAUGUACUCAGGUGAAUAAGAUGCUUGUGAUGUUACUCUGAGUGUAUAUCCACACCGGGCAUGCUUGAAAAAUGUGCCUGGCCACGGUGGGAAUCGAACCUACUCGAACCGACCUGACCGCGUAGCUCAGUUGGCAGAGCAUUGGGCUAGUAUUCCAAACGUCCUAGGUUCGAUUCCCACCAGGCAUAUUUUUCAAGCCUGCCAGGUGUGGAUAUACACCAGAUCAUCAAGUUCCUGAAUUUUACUGUAUAAUAUAGUAACGGUUUCCUCUUUACUAUUACAAAUGAACGCGUUACAAAAUGUUUUCUCGCACAAUCAAAUCACGAGCAUUAAUAUACUGGCUGUAUACAGUAAACCAUGCUCAAUCUUGUAAUUGGCAAUUCCAGCUUUUAGUUUAUGCGUGCAGGGGACGAUGGGAAGUAAGGUAUCACAUUGCUGAUUAUGCUGAAAAAUAAAAACGAUGGCCGUGUAAACACGGAAUGAUAGCUUAUACUUGUAAAUAUUGAAAUAUUUCGGUUGUUUCGGUAGUUUUUGUUGAAAUUUUUCACCAUAAUCAGCAAUAUGAUACCUUACUUCCCAUCAUCCCCUGCAGGCGUAAACUAAAAGCUGGAAUUGCCUAUUGUUUUGUAUCAAUAUACCUGCGCUAUAACUGGCUAUACAGUAUACAUGCUGGUUGUGUUUCUGGUAAUCAUUAUUUUCUUUAUGUGAUUAGGUUUUUCGAAGUCUGCACACGCUUCCCUCAUUUGCAGAAUAUCCUUUAUAUCAUCAGAAAGCUAUUUGUCAAGAUGCUUCAUAUCAAAGGUACACACGUAAAAACGAACAAGUUGUUGCAGGUUUGCAAACAAGUUGUCACAGAUCUGUUCACAAGCUGUCAACAAGUUGUGUUCGCACUACUUGUUUCUAGUUAUUGUAACAAGUUUAGAACAAGCUGUUAACAACAUGUAACAAGCUUGCAUGAUGGUAUUAUCAUGCAGACUUGUAGAAACGUUGUUCUAACAAGUCUGAUACAGUCAUGUUACAAGGUUGAUGACACAAGGUUGUAACAGUAUUGUUAUAUCAUGACUGUAUUGGACUUGUUGGAACAACCUUGCAACCAGUAUGAUAAUAUCAACAAGGCUAUUACAAGUUGUUAGCAACUUGUUCCAAACUUGUUGACAAGUUGGGACAAGAAUUGCAAACACAACUUGUUGACGGCUUGUUGGCAGACUUGUUACAAGAUGUGAGAUUUUUACGCGUAUAAUUUAAUCUCUAAUUGUCACGUGAGUCAUCUUUGUUUUGUUCAUGCAUGCUCGUUAUUUAUUUUCUUUAUAUUUAACAAACCUACAAUUUACAACUUUUCUAACAUGGUAGGAAAACUAUCAUGCACCCAUACAUAAAAUUCAAUAAUACUCUAAUACAAGUCCGUUUUGGUAUUCAUUUGAAAAGCAACUACACUUUUUAAUUCUAUAAUUCUUUUUUAGUUUUCCUCCUAAUGUAACUAUUCUUCAGCAAGGCCACAGGGCAGAUAAUUUUUAUUUUGUACUUUCUGGAUCAGGUAAAAUAUAUGUGACUGCAUGCAUGCUUAUUGCAAUUUUCUGCCAAGUGUUAAAAGCAACUGAAAAUGGUUGUUCGAUGAAUAUUUGAUCGAAAACAUGCGUCAUGUGUUUUUCUUACUGUUAUAUAUAUUUGUCAAUGGGUGCAUGUAAUUGUAAUCGUCAUUUUAUUCUAGCAACUGUCAUCUCAAAGUUAGAUGGUGAAAGUGAUGCCGAGAACGGGACCGAAUCUGUUUCUGUAGUCAAGAGAGGAAUGGCAUUUGGUGUAAGAUUUAAAUUUUAGGGCCUUAAUUGUGUUUUAUUCCCUGCUGUGGUGAUGAGCAUAGGGACUUUAUUUUAAAUGCCUUAAAUAAUUGAAAGAAAACGCAACAAAAACAAUGCCAGUGAACAAUUUAGUACUAAAAUUAACAUUAAUUCUUUAUCGAAUUGCUUUCGCCAAGGCUUCGUUUUUACUAAUAAUAUAUAUUUUCUGUAUUGAAUUAAAUGUUUGGGUUUUGUGAUUGUUAUUUGGAUAUUGCUAUUGUCGCAUUGAUUAGUUGAACUUUGCAUUUAGCAUACAAAAUUUAGGGGCCGCCAUUACAUGGCUGGGCCAAUUAUUUUCCUAUUGUGAAAUAUUUCGGGCUGAUGUUGAAUUUUGAUUUAUAGGAAUCUGCAAUCAUGAAUAAUUCUCUAAGGAAUGUUACUGUUAUUUCCAAGACUCACAUUGAACUUCUGGUCGUCAGUAAAGAGGUAGCUAUGCCCUUUUUCACAAGACUUUGCUACGUUUUUAACUUGCAAUUGUUCCCUUUUAUUGCUUCCUCAGCUUCUUAAUUAUGCAUGGAAUUUACAUGGAAUAUAUUUUAUCAUAUUUAUAUCACAUAUCCAAAUACAUGUAAAUAUCACCAUGCUACAGGGUUUUUCAGGAUGUUUUUGUAUCAAUCUUGAAUUGAGUUUUAAAAUUCAAUCAUAUAAUCAAAAGUUUUAUAAGUGCAGUAAAAUUGAAUAGGAUAAAUACAAAGUAAGAAAGACUUACAAUAAUAUAGAAAUACGACUUGAAACUAGCGUAUAUUUAACAACAAACAAUGUCUGAUGAACUCAUAAAGACUUCAAAUAUAAAACCAAUGUCAACAAGAGAGCGAGUCAGCGGUUACACUAAAUAAUCCUACAUAAGUACUUCAUGUAAACUCUUCAAUAGGUAAUUUGCAUACGAAGGUAAUGAUGAAUUCUAUUGAAUGCAUCAUUCCAGACACAUUUUUGAUGCUGGCUAUUUUUUAAACAGGAUUAUGCGAAAAUAUUUUUUGGAGCAGAUUCUGAGAGCGGAAAAAAGGAAUAUAUAUCUUUUCUAAGGUAUGUACAUAUCGAAGGGCUCAAUAGAACUGAAAUAUUGUUUAUAUAUGGUAUAUAUAAAAUGACGUCUUAGAUUUACCCACAACUCACAAGGAACUCAACUAUAUUAAUUGCAAACAAUUGGUUUGGUAAUCAUUAUGUUUACGAACUGUGUGAUCUGAAGAGCACAUCAAUUAUAAUUUCAAUUGGUAAUUCAGCUGUAAAUAUGCACUUUUCAUUGAUUAUUCUUCAGGACUGUUGACUUUAUUCAGGACUGGCCGGUUGAUAUUUUGGAAUCGUAUCCAGAUCAAUCUCAACACUGUUAUUUUAGGUAAAAUAUAAUCAUGCAUAUUGGUAAUAUCAAUUCCCAGAGACUGGUAUAUAUGGUAGAAUGGUAAUAUCAAUCCCCAAAUAAUACCUCCAGAGACACCGCUCCCCUACGUCAGAUGUUAGGAUACAAGGUGUGGCUAAAGCCUAGUCCUCACUAGCGGCAUGCACAAGCAUAUGAGCAAGAGAUCCUCUGAGCCUGCGUUGCCUUAUGCUUACACUCUUGUGCUUAAUUUAAGCAUGCUUGUGUUUAUGUCGAUGCUUGUAUCGCACACUUCAUUGAAUUUCUUUGUUUCGCCUUUUGUCUUUCAUUAUGUUUAUGCUCGUUUCUUAAGAGGCUGUUCAUGUGAACCGGGCUGUCCCCGUUAACCGUGAUGAAUCGUCCAAAAUAAUCAUUUCAAAUUUGAAUUAGCUUAGUUUGAUUGCAAUAACAGUAUAAAGUUCAUUCAAACUAUCUUUUGUGGUCAGGAGAAAUUUUUGUGAUACGAUUCAUCCCCGCCAGCUGGGAUGGCCGGGUUGGCCCUUGAUCAUGAACAAACCCUGAGUGAGAGCUAGUCUUGUCUACCUGGUAAGUGACAUGCAUGAGCUAACUACAAAAAUCUUGUGUUGGUUGCUAGUUUGGUCAAUAUGAAAGACGACAGCCUUAACAGUUAAAUAGUUAUCGUUUGCACGUAUAGUGUGAUUAGAAAUAUUUCUAUUAUUCCACGAUAGAAAAAAAUAUAUCUAUGUUUUAAUUGGUUACAUCCUUGUAAAUCAGUCCAUUAAAUAAUUAUUUCUUGUUUUAUAGACGAGGAGCGGUCAUUGUUCGAAAUAGCAAUAGCUCUCCAUGGCUUUACGUUGUAAAAUCAGUAUGUAUAUACGUUUUCUAUUAUAAACUUUCAUUUUCAUAUUUUGUGGGAGAGUUUCCAUAUCCCGAAAUGUCCACACCAAACAAUUACAAUCACCGUAGUGGUGUUAGGAUUAUAAUUCGUUCAAAUGGAGGUUGUUAAUUAAGAUAGGAAUUGACGCUGUUUUGUUUUGUUUCAAUGAUCCAAUGUAUAUAAUAUAUCUCCUAUUUCUUUUAGGGUGUGUGUGAAGUUCUCACUAGGCUGAAUGCUGUAAAACCAAGAAAGGCAAUUGGAAGAAAUGUGCGAGAAUUAUCAAGUUUAGAAGCACUAACAAAGAUCACAUUGGAGCGACGGCAAGAGAUCCGAAAUAGAAAAAAUAAAAAGGACAAAAUGCAUUUACCAAACGUUGGCGAAAAAGAAGGAAGUGCUAUAACUUUACCCAUUCCAAGAUAUAGAAGAAAAACGUUUUGUUAUGGUAUGUUUUACAACAGAACAGCCAGCAUUCAGUUACAGUACUAUAUCUCUAUAGCUAUACAUCAUGUUACCAUGACAAUUAGGCAUGACACUUAGUCAUAACUGUCAAUGGUUAUUGCGGUAGGGAUUAUUUGGUUUAACAUGCAUUUGGAAUAAACUUAUAUUUUCUAUGUGUUAAAUUUAUAAUUUUUCUUUAUUUAUAGUUCCUGAACUAGGCUUUGUGAAUAGUCAGAUAAUUUCGCAAAGAGAAUCCACCCAACCAAAAAUGAACCCAAUCACAGAAGAUGACUUCUUCCCAGACGUCACAAACGACGACAUUAAAACGACGCGUUCCAGUAAAAGCAGCGACACCAGUGUUGGUAGCCUCUCCAGCAGACGUUUGUCUAGUGAACUUCCAAGAAUCGACAAGUUAAACAGCGCCUUAAUAUCAACGCAAAGAAAAUCAAGAACAAGUAAGUUAUACAUGCAAUUUGUCUUCUCUCUCGUGUUGAAGGGCAGCGCACCCUACACAAUCAAUAGAUUUUAGUAUGAAGUCAACACAAAAGCCAGUGGCGCCCAUUGUGAAUGACCAAUCUUCAUUUCGUCAUAAUUUUUAUAAACUAAAUCUGUCGUUAUAUCGCAGUUUAUCUCAUUUUAACCGAAUUUAGUGAUUAGUUGUCCUGUAGGUAAGUAUGCGUAUAGCAGACUGUACCUAUAUAGAAGGGUGUUUAUAGGUUGGAUAGAUCAAAAUUCCAAGUGAGAUUCGGGAUUUGAAGAAAAAUAUGAAGCGGGGCACAGAAUUUUAUAUUAUCGCGGGAAGCAGGAUUAUAGGAUAUGAAGGGAAAAUUGAUCGUCCCUAGGCCUCUUUCUGUAAUUAGCUUGUACAUGUGAUUAUAUUUAAUAUUUAUAUGAUGUUUGCUCCUUUCCAUGUUUCAAAACAGUGUCCGUUGUCAACAAUGUUGGUGAACUAUCAAGCAUUUUUCCACGAAGAACCAGAUCCUAUUCAUUGCCAUCAACAUCAGUGAGUCAAUUUUUUCAAGCUAUAACCAAAUUUACUGGUAUACCUUAUUUAUUUUUAAUUUUUGUUUUUGAAAUUUUUGUCCAGUAAUUUCAUUUUACCGUUUUCAGAUAUCUAGCGAGUUUCCAAAACUUUCAAGGAAGAAGCCUGCGUUUGUUCAAAUUGACCUACUACAUCCAAAAAGAGUAUUUGUAAGUAGUUUUACUAAUUGCAUAACGAUUUAGAGAUUACAGACGACAAAGCGUUGAGUUAAAAAUUAGAUACAUUAUUCUAGAAACAUUAUUUAGAGGGAUUCGCCUUAGUUGCCCCUCUCCUCCCCAAAUAAUUUUGUGAACGUCAGGAAAAUGUUCGGCCGUCCCCCUAAAUCUUUUUCCUCCCGUACCGCCUAUAUGGACAUACCUGUAGACAGCUAUUGACUGGGAACCACUAAAACUGAUCUAAAGUAAUACAGGAACAGUUAUCUGCUUUGAUACUUAUGUGAAUGUCACGUGCGGGUUGCUCCAUUUACUGUUUCCGGUUUUUCUGAACACUUAUAAAAUCGAACCAAACACGGCGGUCACAUGACUGUUCUUGUUGCCCCUACUCAAACGUAGGGGCAGCCAGAACAGUCGGAACAGUCAUGUGACCGUGUUCAGUUCGAUUAUGUUAGUGUUCUGAAACUCCGGAGUACUAGUACUCCAAAUAGUAAAUGGAGCAGCCUGCAUGAUGAAUACACUAAAUUAACCUCCUGGUCCAUAGUUUAGGAAUGAUUUAUUAUGUUUAUUUCAUUCGACAGGGUUUGUCUGAACUUGACUUUGAGUACAACGCUUUGCAUUCAGGACAACCAGCGAACGUUAGUUUGGUAAGUUGCUUAUUGUUACGCAUUUGAUAAAAUGACAAUAAAUAAUAUGAUGACUUGUAAUUUUCAGGUUAGCCGAGGAGCAGAAUGUAUAAUGAUCUCAAAGAAAUUUUUCAUGGAACAUGCCAACGCAUUAACAAAGCGAUGGAUCCGCUUAAACGUAAGUGUCACGGUCCCUUUUUUUAAAGCUCAUUUUCACACAUGUGAUAUUUCCUACGAAAGAGCACGAUUUAUCGGUUCUCUUAAUUCUUACCUUAACUCUGCUCGAUUGAUCCUUGUCGCUAUAAUAUGAAUUGCUGCAGAAAAUUCUGUUAAAUUUGUAGAUUUCUUGUCAUAGAACUGCACUAAGUCGAGGCUCACUGCUGUAAUUUGCUAUAGAAACACAGUUUAACACGAAGCCUCAUUCUCACGCUAUUGUAUGUGAGCAUGCGAUCGUAAUUUGGGCCACCAUCCCAGGCGUUUUCUUCCGCAAGAGGAGAAAGCUGGGAACGAGGACACGACUUAUUAUUUUAUCAUGCAUUAUUCUGCUGCUUCAGGUGCAACCUUACUUGCCGACGGAGAGGCAUCAGCAAACUUUACAAGAAAAGAUUGACUGGGAUGCGUUUAAAAGGAAACUGGUAACUAGUGUUGUCAAGGAAAAUUCUAAAACAAACCUUACAUAGCCUAACACGCAAGAACAGGACUAUAUUGGGGUUAGGUUGAGUGGAAAUUUUGGCACGACCGCGAAAACUCAAGAAAUCGACGUGUUUCUUCCCGUUAGUGAUGGCGUCGGUUCUUUUUGCUUGAAAAUCAAAAGAACAAUCUACGCAUUUUCCUGAAUUCCACUGAGCAAGAACAGCUGUAGCCGCGACAUUAACGGCUCUAUUUUACGCCCGUGACGUAAAAGCACUAUAUAGCUAUCCACUGCAAUACAGGUUGAUAUAGGAUGUCGUUUUGCAAAUCAAACGAAGCCGGUAUAGUAAAAUCAUCCAGUUCUGAAAGAAUUAACAUCUUAUUACAAACAUGUUGGAUCGCUGAUUUACUCGUAGUCGCACUCAUAAUGAAAUCUACAGUUCUUUCUGCAUGUUGUGCUAUUUUUGAAUUACUUCAAAAAGUAAGUCAGUCGUUGUUGCUGAAAUAGAUGUGGUUUCAAGUCUUGAUAUCAGAAAAUCAUAUUUAUUAACAGAUGAAUUAAUGAAAACUAUUUAAAAUACCAACGUCUAGAAAUGAUAUAAAAAUAUAUGGUGUAUACUGUAUGAAUUGCUUAAUUUAUAUACUAUUGAUCACUAAUUGCAAUAAUUCCCAAUAAUGAAUGUCAAAGGUUUAUGAUAGAUAUGUGAGUUAAUGGGCGUAUAGCAAAUUCUCUUUUGCGAUUGCGAUGGUAAAUAUUUGUCCAGUAUAGCUACUUAUUAUAAAUCUAUACUGUAAUGUACUAAUAUUUAUUCAUAGAAUUUAUGUAAUACAAGACGCUGAUAAAUCCCCAUUUCUAGCUGCUCUUGUUUUGGUGACUUUUUUCAGUUGCAGCAACAAGAGAACCAAAGAGUGAGUCUUUGUUUGCCAGAAGUGCAGACGGUUUGUCAAAUUCAACAAUCUG